CAGAUAAGAGCGCAGACAGCGCAGCCGCUCGCUGCUUCCGAAACGCUUUACGCUGAGCUCUUGCACUUGCAUUGACGGGGCUGUCCUUUCUGAGAGGGAACCUAAGAUAUAGACGGGGCAAACGGGCGAUUUUAAUUAAGCAAGCUGAGCGUUCGAGUUAGGAAGGGAGAGAGGCCGUGUUUUUAACCUUAGUGGACCGGGGAGGGAGGAGGAUGAGCUAUUCUUGUACCAGCAGAGAGGCUGUCUGCAAUAGCCAGAAUCCGUCCAGCGCCAGGACACCUUGUGGCAGUAAUCCUGGCAGCAGCUGCAGUGGAGACAGCGGCGGCACCAGUAGCAACCAACCCCGUGGCAGUCAGGCGAACCCGAGCCCAGAAGCGCAGGCGGCAAUGAAAGUGAAGAAGGGAUGCAGCUCGUCGGAUUCGGGGGUCCCGGCGACCAUGGAAGAGGAAUUGCGCUCCAACUCCGUAAUAGUUCCCGAGGAUGUCCUCGGCUUGCAAAAGAUCACGAAAAAUUACUUAUGCAGCCCGGAGGAGAAUGUGUACAAUAUCGACUUCACGAGGUUCAAGAUACGCGACCUGGAGACAGGGACCGUGCUCUUUGAAAUCACCAAGCCUCCGAGCACUGACAAAGCUGGUGAGAAGAAGGAGUUGGACCCCAACGCUGGACGAUUUGUACGCUACCAGUUCACCCCUGCUUUCCUGCGGCUGCGGCAGGUUGGCGCUACGGUAGAGUUCACUGUCGGCGACAAGCCCAUCAACAACUUCCGCAUGAUCGAGAGGCACUAUUUCCGCGAGCAACUCCUCAAGAGCUUCGAUUUUGAGUUUGGCUUCUGCAUCCCCAGCAGCAAGAACACCUGCGAGCACAUCUACGAGUUCCCACCGCUCUCCGAGGACCUCAUGCGAGAGAUGAUCCUGCAUCCAUUUGAGACUGAAUCUGACAGCUUCUACUUUGUGGACAACAAGCUGGUGAUGCAUAACAAGGCAGAUUAUUCGUACAGUGGCGGACCCUAGGCAGAUGGACGGGCGGACAUAUGGAUGGAUGGACAGGCCAAGGACAGAGAUCAGAGGUCCCACUGCGCCCACCAGGUCCGGAGCCCGGCUCCCCCACCCCAUACACCAGUGAACUACAAAGCAUUGCUUAAAACUCUCGACACGUCUGUCUAGUGGGACUUAACAUUGCAGAACUAUUUUCAUAUCUUCUCUUUGGUUACCUGGUCACCUGCAGCUCCAGAAUUCCCCUUCAAACUGCUGAAUCUGUCUCUCCCCCACCCCCCCAACUGUGGAUACGU